CUUUGCUGAACUUCAGACCAGACAGCACGUUGAGACAGCAGGACGGAAAUCUUGUCUCCGCUGGUUAACAGAGGUAAAAUGGAAUCAGGUAUGAUUGAAAGGGCUGCUCUCGGUCGACCCUUUAACUUGGGGAUGCUCUACGAUGCUCGUAAAGAUCAGCUCAUCCUAGGUAUCACACUCUGGGAUGAGAAAACUCUCCAAAAGAUGACUGAAGAGAACUCCCAGCAUGGCAGUGAGUUUAGAAUCAGCGCUUCUGAUUCCUUGGAGGAGAAGUUCUCUCUGCUGGACGUCAGUGACUCUCUGAAGGCCAGCUUCCUGGGUGGUUUGAUUGAAGUUGGGGGAUCUGCAAAGUAUCUAAAUGAUCAGAAGAAAUCCAAAAAUCAAACCAGAGUCACAUUUCAGUACAAAGCUACCACCAUUUUUAAACGGCUAAACAUUUCUACUGAGGAAAUGAAUAAAACGCAGCAGAUAGGUGUUAUUGUGAAGAGCUGUGCCACGCAUGUUGUCACCGGCAUCUCUUAUGGUGCAAAUGCUUUCUUUGUUCUGGACAGUGAGAAGUUGGACGCGAGCAGUGCUCAAGACAUUAAAGGCAACAUUCAAGCUGUGAUAAAUAAGAUUUCCAGUUUAAGUGCAAGUGGGAAAGUUGACCUCAAACUGUCUGAUACAGAAAAGGCGGUGACAGAAAAAUUCACCUGCAAGUUUUACGGAGACGUGAUUCCUGAAAGCAACCCUGUGACGUUUGAAGAAGCAGUGAAAUCGUACAGAAAAGUUCCAGAACUUAUUGGAAAGAACAAAGAAAACACCAUCCCAGUAAAGGUCUGGAUGAUGCCGCUGAAGAACUUUGAUCCGUCAGCAGCUGAGAUGGCCACUGACCUCAGCCCUGAUCUUGUGAGAAAGGUUCAAAAGGCUCGGGAAGAUUUCCACAAACUCAACAUGAGAUGCAACGAUUGUCUUGAAGGCAGCUUUGGGUUCCCACAGAUCAAAGAAAGGUUGGAGAGUUUCCAACAACAGUGUAAAAUCUAUGAAGGGAAACUUCUGGAUGUGAUUGCAAAAAAGAUUACGUCCAUCAGGGCAGGAGAAGAAGAUGAGACGGAGUUGUUGAAGAUCCUGGUUGACAGUGAAAAGUCUCAUUUUAGUAGUGAGAAUCUAAUGAAGUGGAUGAUUAAUAUUGAGAGAGAAGUCAGUGUAAUCACUUUGUGUUUAAAGGAAAUGAAGGGAGCAAAGAUAGUCCAAAGUGAGGCAGAGUUGGUGGAGGAGUUUCUUAAUCCUGAAGUCCAGGAUGUCCUCAGCUUUGUUUUCACUUCUCUGGAAACUACAGAUCCUUAUCUUGAUAAAAUGAAGGACUACCUGGAUCCUCAGGCUAUGAAGGCUUCUGAGGACGUGGAUCAAUCCACAAAUGAACUACCACCCUUCCCACAAAUGCUUGUGAUCUGA